GGGGGCGCUGUGCCUCACUCCCGGCCCCGGAUUGCCGCCUUCCUUCUCGGGGUGGGCGGAUGCUGGGAAGAUGGCGGAGAGCGGCGCUGACGUUGCGGGUAACACCGGGCAGGCGCUGGGGAAAGGCAUGAUCCGAAUCACCGUGAAAACCCCCAAAGACAAGGAGGAGAUCGAGAUCGGGGACACGGCGUGCGUGAGAGAGUUCAAGGAGGAGAUAUCCCGACGGUUCAAGGCCAAACAUGAUCAGCUGGUUCUGAUCUUUGCUGGGAAAAUCUUGAAAGAUGGCGACACACUAAACCAACACGGCAUCAAAGAUGGGCUUACCGUUCAUCUGGUGAUCAAGACCCCACAGAAAUCGCAGGAUCCACCAGCUGUGUCUCCUUCUGCUGGUACUGCUGCUUCCACAUCUUCAACAUCACCAUCAAACCCUGCUGCUCCUUCCCAGCACCCUUCCUCCAGCAGCACUGCAUCGGAGGCCAAUGAGGGGAGUCCCAGAGGGGACGGGAAUGGGAGCAGCGCAAAUCCUGGGGACAGUUCUCCUCCAGGCGUAAACCUGCUCUCUGGGUUUGGUGGUUUGUCUGCUCUCGGUAACCUGGGCAUGGGCUCUGCUAACUUUAUGGAGCUGCAGCAGCAAAUGCAACGGCAGCUCAUGUCCAACCCUGAGAUGCUUUCUCAAAUCAUGGAGAACCCCUUGCUCCAAAAUAUGAUGGCCAACCCUGAACUCAUGAGGCAGAUGAUCAUCGCUAACCCCCAGAUGCAGCAGCUGAUGGAGAGGAACCCAGAGAUCAGUCAUAUGCUCAAUAACCCAGAACUCAUGCGGCAGACUAUGGAACUGGCCCGUAACCCUGCCAUGAUGCAAGAGAUGAUGAGGUACCAGGACCGGGCCCUCAGCAAUCUGGAAAGCAUCCCUGGAGGAUACAACGCCUUACGCCGGAUGUACACAGAUAUCCAAGAGCCACUCUUCAGUGUAGCCAGAGAGCAGUUUAGCAAUAACCCGUUUUCCUCGGCUGGUGGCUCGGAAGGUUCCUCAUCGCAACCUCUACGCACCGAGAACCGGGAACCCCUGCCAAACCCCUGGAGUCCAUCGUCUGGCCCCGAGAAUCGCACGCCCAGUAGCGAAAGCAACGCAGGGACCACCACUAGCCAAAGCACCCCGACUGUGUCAAACCCACUUGGCAUCAAUGCUGCCAAUCUGGGAACAGGUAUGUUCAGCAGUCCGGAGAUGCAGGGCCUGUUGCAGCAGAUCUCUGAGAACCCCCAGCUGAUGCAGAGUAUGAUUUCUGCCCCGUACAUGCGAAGCAUGAUGCAGACCCUCUCCCAGAAUCCUGACUUUGCUGCUCAGAUGAUGGUAAAUAAUCCAAUAUUCAGUGGAAAUCCUCAACUGCAAGAGCAACUGCGGAGCCAGCUGCCAGUCUUUCUACAGCAGAUGCAGAAUCCAGAAUCUCUUUCCGUAAUGACCAAUCCCAGAGCAAUGCAGGCUCUGCUUCAAAUCCAACAAGGCCUUCAGACUCUGCAGACAGAGGCCCCUGGCCUGAUAACUAGCCUUGGGUCCUAUGGUGUCCCUGGGGCACCUCCAGCACCGAGUGGGACAACCUCAGAAAUCCCCACUUCUUCUACACCUACACCUACAACUACUUCUCCAGCAGGGGGCAGCAGCAAUCCCCAGCAACAAAUGAUGCAGCAGAUGAUCCAACUUUUAGCUGCAGGAAAUUCUCAGGGCCAGAAUCCAGAAGCCCGCUUCCAGCCACAACUGGACCAACUCAGUGCAAUGGGCUUCAUCAACCGUGAGGCCAACCUGCAGGCACUCAUAGCGACUGGAGGAGACAUCAAUGCAGCCAUUGAGAGACUGCUGGGUUCACAGCCAUCCUAAGGAAAAGAUUGCCUUGCCUCCCUACCCCUUGAACCCCCACAGGAACUCUCACCGUACAGGUGUUGUAUACACCCCACUGCCUGAGCAUCUUAGGAAAGGGUAGAAAUCUCCCAUGACGAGCCUGGGAAUCCACACUGGACUGUUACUGUUUUUACGGAUGAGGGUGCUCUAUGAUGUGAACUCUACCAAAUCUUCCCCACCGAGGGGGCGAUCGAUCAUUAUUUCCCGCCCCCCCCUCUAUGCACUGCUUUUAUCCACCGGACAGCAUCAUGCUGUGUAUUGAAAAGUACAAACUCGUAAUGCCUGCUGCAUUAGCACUCUGCUCAUAACCUUAACACCUGCUCUAUUUAACUCGCUAAUCUACAGAGCCAGUUUGUUGGUUUAUUUUUUCCCCUCCCAUAUAUUUUUUUUUUCCAAUUGAUGGACGUUAAGAAAAAAAAUGUAGUAUUUUUUUUUCUUUUCUUUACAAUAACCCACACACUUACACACAGACUUUAGUUGAAUUUAAAGAUGUCGGAGAGCCUGGGAAUCAUCGAGCUGUUUCGGGACUGUAGGUCUUUGGACUAGUACACUGAACUGUUACUGAAAUGUGAAACCGUGUGGGAAAGUAGGGCAAAUAGUUGGUAACUGGAAGGGUUUGCAUCUGUUUUCUUGCAAAUUCUGCGCAUAAGCUCGGUCACUAAAGCAACCAUUGUGGCAAAAAAAAAAAGAAUCUUUCUCUCUGUUUUAA